AAAUAAUUCCAACGUUUUGCCCAUCAAACUGGUCUGGGCUUAUUUCAAGGCUGCAUUAUUUUAUUUGAUGGUAUAAACGAAUAUAUAUAUAUAAAUAGAGAUGAACUUUAUUUCAUUUUAAAUCUUAGAAACCAAGGACGACAGGAUAAAAAAAAAGCAUUUCAAUCUUCACAUAGUUCGUAAAUUGAAAUGACUAAAAACAAAUCCAAUUGAAUUCACUUACUAAUAGUAAUCUAUCAUAAAGUAAAUAUCACCUAAUUACUGGCUACAAUAAAUAAGGAAAUUUAGAAUAAUCUUUUUAAUCUACAAAAUUUAAAAAAAAAAAUCAGUAUUAAGAAUUAUUUCAAUUGAUUACAUUUAACAUUUAAUUGGUAUUAUUUAAUUGAAAAUAAUAAUUUGUUUUAAAGAAACAAAUGCCAUUAUACACGAUUGUACUUAAUUUAAAAGGAUUAAUUUUGCACAAUCUAACUGAAGUACAUUAUUCUACAUGAAAAUUACAAAUAAAAGAUCAUAUGAUUAAUUCAGGUCGACAACAGGAUAAUCAGAAAAUUUAAGAAGCGUAAGGAGAAAGCAGAAUGAAUAGGCAAAGAGUUAAACUGGUUCCAGAUAGUUGUUUACGAUUACAUUCCAAUCAGAAAAGAAUUAAUCAAAUGAACUGAAAUAAAAAGCGUCAAAACAAUGCUAAAUACAGAUUGGACAGAGAUAGAAGUAAUUGAAUUGCUAGUUGAUAAUGCAACACAUCUUGGAUUUGGUAUGUGUGGAAGUAAGAGCACCGGUGUAAUCGUUAGAUGCAUUACACCUGGUGGAGCAGCUGAACUGGACGGUCGUCUUCGACUUGGUGACCAUAUUGUCUGCAUUCAUGAUCAUAAUGUUCGAAGUUAUGGACCAGAUCAAGUGGCUACAGUUCUACGCCAAACUAUAUCAAAUUGUCUAUCUGAAGUUGUAUUAAAACAAGAUUCUUUGCAGACGGAUGAAACAUCCACAAAAACUAUGAAUAAAAAAUCUUCACUUAUCAGAACGCAGCCAUUAACAAACAGAACUUCAUCAACUUUUACUAAUACUAUUAAUAUACGAUCGGAAAAAUACACUUUAUCCCCAAGCCAAAUAGAUUCAAAUCAAAUUGAGUCUAAUGAAAUUCACGAGAUCAAUCAAAAACUAAUGAGCGACCCAACUGUUUUAAUUCGAAUGAUUGUAGCUCGUCCAGCUAAUGGUGAUCCUGUUGAUUUGAAUGAUAUCAGUUUAAAACAACAAGCUGUCUGUCAUCAACAUGGUGUUCUUGGAAUGCUGAUGAUUAUACCAACACAUCAAAUAGAUCAAUAUAUAGAUGUAUUACUACACAAGAAACUUCCACUUGUUGAUUUGUACAGUCUAUACAAAACAGAUCUGUUGAACAUCGAAAACAAUACUAAUAUUUAUAAAAAAAUAAAUUCAAAUGAAGUUGACUGUUCUGAAUUAUCAAAGUCAAUCGACUAUAAUGGAAGUGAGUUGAUAGAAAUGAAUAAAAUCAUUGAAUCUUCUCCAACUUCAUCGAAACAACAAGAACAAUAUGAUCUUGAUUUUCAGCAGUUUCGAGAGAUGAAACCGUGCUCGACACUUCAGGUUAUAACAAGUCCUCGAAAUUGCUCAGAAUCUGAUAUUGAAGAGGUUCACAAUAAUCUACCAAGUCGAGUUAAUGAAAAUGAUCGCUUAGAUAAUAAAUAUAAUGAAAAUUUAAAAAUCGAUUGCAACACAACAUUGAAUUAUCAAAACUACUCCACUGAUCAUCCUAUCUCAUCUUCUUUCAAUGAAUAUGUUCUUGAGAAUAUAAGUCAACAAGGCUUAUCAAUUCAUGUUAAUAAUAAACAAGAAAAUGGCGAUGAAGAGGCAGAAGAAACUGAAAUUCACACUGUACAAUUAACAAAAUCAAAGGAUCAAGGCUUAGGUCUAAGUGUAGUUGGAUAUAUUUAUAAAAAUCCAUAUGAUAAAAUGUUAACGGUUUGCUUCUAUUUGAAGUCCGCGCUGAUGAUUUCCUGUAGACGGAUGAUGAAAGUUUCAUGACUGUUGAGUCAGCUUUCCGAGAACUAAAAGGGAGCCUCCAGAGGCCCUAAAGCAGCCGAAGAGUUCCAGCCAAUCAGAACAUGAUGGAUCUUUCUAGGAAUAUCAACGUGGCAUGCUACUGUUGGUCAGUAGCAUAAUGUGUCUCUUAGCGGAUUGGCCAAAAUAUAAUGUUGAUUUGACAAAUGCUAAUAUCUUUAAAUACCCGUGUUUUCUGUACAAAAAUUAACCUUUGGAGUAAAGUGCUUUUCGCUUA